AUGGUUUCUCAAUGUUUUCUGAAAAUCUUUCUUCUCAUCUCUGUUUCUCACCUUUCUAUAGCUGCUAGGAAUCUGAAUGAGCUUGUUCAGGAUCAGUCUCAGCUUCUUCACUACCACAAUGGUCCUUUACUCUAUGGUAAAAUCUCUCUCAAUCUCAUUUGGUAUGGUCACUUCAAACCAUCUCAAAAAGCUAUUAUCACCGAUUUCUUCACCUCACUCUCUUCUCCUCCAUCUUCACAACCCAACCAACCUUCCGUUUCCGGUUGGUGGAAAACCACUGAAAAAUACUACCAUCUCACCUCUAAGAAAAAAGCUUCUCAGCUUUCUCUUUCUCUAAGUAAGCAAAUUCUCGACGAGAAUUACUCACUUGGAAAAUCACUCACUAGCAAAAACCUUAUCGAAUUGGCUUCUAAAGGAGACAACAAAGACUCUAUUAACGUUGUUCUAACAUCCGCUGAUGUGGCUGUUGAACGUUUCUGUAUGGACCGAUGUGGGACUCACGGUUCUUCUUAUUCUUCUACGGUACCUGUUAAGGGUAAGAGUUACAAAUUCGCUUACAUUUGGGUUGGUAAUUCCGAAACUCAAUGUCCAGGUCAAUGCGCGUGGCCAUUUCACCAACCAAUCUACGGACCUCAAAACCCACCGUUGGUUUCUCCAAACAACGAUGUAGGCCUCGACGGAAUGGUGAUCAAUUUGGCAAGUCUUUUGGCUGGAACUGCGACAAACCCUUUUGGAAACGGGUACUUUCAGGGCCCUUCCGAGGCUCCUCUUGAAGCUGCUUCAGCUUGUCCAGGUGUUUAUGGUAAAGGUGCUUACCCUGGUUAUGCUGGUGACUUACUUGUUGAUUCGACAACUGGUGCUAGCUACAACGCACACGGUGAUAAUGGAAGGAAGUAUCUUCUUCCUGCUUUGUAUGAUCCUUCUACAGCUUCUUGCUCAACAAUCGUGUGA